GCAUCAAAAGAAUCGAAUCUCAUCUUCUCUUCACUCUUCAAAUCUGCAUAUUCAACACAAACACCUCAUUACUCAUUAUUAAUCCCAAAAUCCUGUAAUAACAACAACAAAAUGAGUAUGUUAGGCCUCACAGACUUGGUUUUCAUAGCUCCAAAUCCUUCUUCUCUUCACCACCAUCGCCAACAACAACUGAUUUCAACGGAAAACGACAACAACAACAGCAACAACAACCCUCUGAGCGUUGGUUUCGGCAUUUUUCCACUCUUAGCAGCCACGCCCUGCGUUCAGGUAGUUCAGAAUCAGAGCAAUGAGGAGGCGAUCGAAGAUUCUGGAAAGAAGAAGAAGAAGAUCGAAGAAGAUGAAAAUGGCGGUGAAUUUAGGGUUUGUACGGACUGUGGAAACAGAGCGAAGAAAGAUUGCGUGUACAGACGGUGCAGGAGUUGUUGCAAGGGGCGUGGAUAUGACUGUACCACUCACGUGAGGAGCACGUGGGUGCCUGCUCUAAAACGCCGCGAGCGCCACGUGGCGGUGACUGGUGGUGUUGGUGGAGAAGCUGCUAAUAAGAAGACAAAGAACAAUAAUGGAUGCGCGAGUGGAAGUGGUACCUCUCAUUCUCAUACUUCCACCAACUCUGAUUCCUGUUAUUCUCAUCAAGAUGCUAGGUUCAAAGAAUCAUUACCAGGUCAUGUUCGUGCACCUGCUGUGUUCAAAUGCCAUAGAGUCUCAACUGUUGGAAAUGGUGAAAAUGAAUUUGCAUAUUUAGCAACGGUUCAUAUAAGUGGCCAUGUAUUCAGGGGAUUUCUCUAUGACCAUGGUGUUGAUCCCAAAAAUACAAUAAUGCCCUCCUAUGCUUCAGAACUUCAACUUGGAAACAACUGCAUUAGUAAUGGGAAGAACAAGGAAUGUUCUUCUGCAAUUGGGGUUACAACCAAUGAAUAUGAUAAUCUCUAUUCUGCUUCUGCUGCUAGCUAGUUCAACAUUGAUUUAAGGUAAUGGAUCAACUUAGGGUGUCUCCAAAUGAAGAUAGUUUCAUUCUGCAAUUUUGCUAAGUGGUCAAGUAAUUAUGUAAAUUUCUCUCUACAAAAUAUAAAUGUUCAUAUGCUUGUAUAAAUAUGAGAUGUCCCUUUUCAUAUCCACUCCUUAAUUAAA